AUGGGAGCUUGUUGCAGUUGCUUAUGCUCACGCAAUAGAGAUUCGAAAUAUCCACCGCUUUUGUUAGCUGAAAAUGAAAGGGAAGCAAUUUCGGCGCUAUUACAGUAUUUGGAGAAUCGGUCAGAUGUGGAUUUUUUCAGUAACGGGCCAUUAAGAGCACUCAGCACUCUAGUAUAUUCAGAGAAUAUCGACUUACAAAGAAGUGCUGCGUUGGCGUUUGCAGAAAUCACCGAGAAGGAUGUUAGAGAGGUAAACCGGGAUGUCCUUGAGCCCAUUUUAAUUCUUUUACAAAGUGCAGACUCCGAAGUUCAAAGAGCUGCCUGUGGUGCCUUGGGUAACUUGGCUGUGAAUAAUGAAAACAAAAUAUUGAUUGUCGAAAUGGGUGGAUUAGAACCAUUGAUAAGACAAAUGAUGUCCACUAAUAUUGAAGUACAGUGCAAUGCAGUUGGAUGCAUAACUAAUUUAGCAACGCAAGAUGACAACAAAACUAAGAUAGCAAAAAGUGGUGCUUUAAUUCCGUUGGCUAAGUUGGCGAAAUCAAAAGAUAUUAGAGUUCAACGUAAUGCUACUGGCGCUUUAUUGAACAUGACCCACUCAGGGGAGAAUAGACAAGAGUUGGUCAACGCUGGAGCAGUUCCUGUAUUGGUAUCUCUCUUAUCGAAUGAGGAUGCUGAUGUCCAGUAUUACUGUACUACGGCUUUAUCCAAUAUUGCUGUUGAUGAAAUGAACCGUAAGAAAUUGUCAACUACUGAACCUAAAUUAGUUAGCCAAUUAGUUAAUUUAAUGGAUUCUCCAUCCCCAAGAGUCCAAUGUCAAGCAACAUUAGCGUUAAGAAAUUUGGCGUCGGAUUCAGGCUAUCAAGUUGAAAUAGUAAGAGCAGGUGGUUUACCACACUUGGUACAACUAUUAACAUGCAAUCAUCAACCACUAGUCCUUGCAGCAGUUGCAUGUAUUAGAAACAUAUCUAUCCAUCCUUUGAAUGAAGCUUUAAUCAUUGAUGCAGGCUUUUUGAAGCCAUUGGUUGGUUUGUUGGAUUUCAAUGAUCUGGAAGAAAUUCAAUGCCAUGCAGUUUCAACUUUAAGAAAUUUGGCCGCUUCAAGUGAGAGAAAUAGAUUAGCGUUAUUAGCUGCAGGAGCUGUUGACAAAUGUAAGGAAUUAGUAUUAAAGGUGCCACUUUCUGUACAGCUGGAGAUCCUGGCUUGUUUCGCUAUAUUGGCUUUAGCUGAUGACUUGAAGCCUAAGCUUUAUGAAAGCCACAUUAUUGAUGUUUUGAUUCCUUUAACUUUCAGCGAGAAUGGUGAGGUAUGUGGAAAUUCUGCAGCAGCAUUAGCCAAUCUUUGUUCUAGAGUUUCUAGUGAACAUAAGCAAUAUAUCUUUAAGAAUUGGUCAGAGCCAAACGAAGGUAUUUACGGAUUUUUAUUAAGAUUUUUACAAAGCGGUAGUGCCACCUUCGAGCAUAUUGCGUUGUGGACAAUUUUGCAGUUAUUAGAAUCCAAUAAUACAGAAAUCAACUCGUUAAUAAAGGAAAAUGAAUCUAUUUUAUCAGGAAUAAAGAAUUUAAGUGCUUCUCAACAACAAACACAGCAAAGCCAAGUGAACAAUCCUGACCUGAGUGAUCAAUUCGAUGAUCCAAAAGUUGAAUUAUUUAAUUUAACACAACAAAUUCUACAAAUUUUAGGUUGA